AGUUCGUCGCAGAAGAAGAAGGGUUCGAGGCAACAUUUGUGUUGGGGAGGACUCUGAGAGCGGGGUCGAGGGGGAGGAAGGGAGCGAGCGAGCGAGAGAGCUUUGUUGAUCGAUCGUCAUGGCGGGCCGGUUGGUGACGACGGUAGCGCGGCACGCCAGGCGCUCGCUGCUGCAGCAGCGACGGGACUUCCAAGCCGUGCGUCAUAGCCACGCGUUGGCGCUUCCCGAUGAGAGGUUUCAGCGCUACAACUCCCCCGUGCCGAAAGAUGUCGACCACACCAUGGUGCUUGGGACGCCGGAAACCAGGGUGACGACGCUCGCCAACGGGAUGCGCGUGGCGAGUGAGACGAACAUGGCCGCCGAGACCGCCACCGUCGGUGUGUGGAUUGACGCCGGCAGCAGGUUUGAAUCGGCCGAGACCAACGGCACUGCUCACUUCCUGGAGCACAUGUUUUUCAAGGGGACGGAGAACAGGAGCAUCCGGCAGCUGGAGGAGGAGAUUGAGAACAUGGGAGGCCAUCUGAAUGCGUACACGUCGCGCGAGCAGACGACGUAUUAUGCCAAGGUGUUGAAGAAGAAUGUGAACAACGCUGUGGAAAUUUUGUCCGACAUUUUGCAGAAUUCGACCUUCGAUGAAGGGCGGAUCAAUAGGGAGCGUGAUGUCAUUUUGCGCGAGAUGGAAGAGGUUGAAGGUCAAGUUCAGGAAGUGAUAUUCGACCACUUGCAUGCAACUGCAUUUCAGUACACCCCUUUGGGUCGGACUAUUUUGGGUUCAGAGAAGAACAUUCGCAGCAUCAGCAAGGCCAACCUGAAGGAGUAUAUCAACAAGCACUACACAGGCCCAAGAAUGGUUUUUGCAGCUGCUGGAGCUGUAAACCAUGAUGAACUUGUAAAAGAAGUGGGGAAACGUUUUCAGAAGCUUUCAACUGAUCCCACGACAGCAGCUGAAUUAGUGGAGAAAGAGCCCGCUAUUUUCACUGGAUCAGAGGUUCGGAUUCGAGAUGAUGAUAUGCCACUAGCUCACUUUGCUGUUGCAUUGAAAGGUGCAGCAUGGACAGAUCCAGACUCGAUAGCACUUAUGGUUAUGCAGGCAAUGUUGGGAGGUUGGGACAAGAAUGCAGGAGCUGGCAAGCAUAUGGGGUCAGAGUUAGCUCAGAAGGUUGGAGCUAAUGGGCUAGCUGAGAACGUGCAGGCCUUCAACACUAACUACAAUGAUGCUGGACUCUUUGGUGUAUAUGCAACUGCCAAGCCAGAUACCUUGGAUGAUUUGUGCUAUGUCAUAAUGCACGAGAUCGGAAGGUUAAUUUACCGUGUCGACUCAGAUGAUGUUGCACGUGCGCGUAACCAGUUAAAAUCUAGCCUGCUGUUACACCUUGAUGGAACAAGCCCGAUCGCUGAAGACAUUGGUCGUCAGAUGUUGACCUACGGAAGACGUUUGCCUCUCGCCGAGCUUUUUGCUCGUAUUGAUGCUGUGGAUGCGGACACUGUGAAGCGAGUUGCCAGUCGCUUCAUUUAUGACAAGGAGCUUGCUAUUGCUGCCAUGGGUCCCAUCCAAGAAUUGCGUGAUUACACUUGGUUCCGACGCAGGACUUACUGGCUUCGUUACUGAUUUAACCCUGGCGUCUCUUCAGAAGCACAGGCAAUCCGCAACAUAGACCGCGAACUACCCUUUAUUCUUGUAAGCGAACGCUAACAUGCGGAAAAGUUUAAGAUCAUAUGAGCAUUUGAUGUUCUUACCUUGAGACUUAGUUGUGAAAUUCCUGAUAUAGUCAUGUGGUCAGAUUCCCGGUUGGUGGGUUGUGCAUGCUGCGUGGAAACAUGUAUUCCUACACCGACCCAUAAUAAAUGUAGCUGUUGAUCAUUUCUCAACACCUGAACAGUAAGCGCCUGAUUAAGUUAUAUGGAAGGAAUGAGUUGGAUAUCAUUGCUUCAGAAUGAAAACGUGAUGCUAGAAAGGUGAUCUUAGACUACUCUUUCAAUUAAUGGUUCUAGAUUACUUUCACAACAGAUCAUUGAAGAUUUAUUCUUCUAGUUAACACGCAAGUCUUGGUUGUUCGAUGACUUUCUACUGAGAUGUUUCACUGAUGUACUCUUUCACGACAUACAAGUAGUACAUCAUAUAUUUAUAUCUCAAUCCUCAUCUCA